AUGGCGACGGCCGCGGCGACGGACGACGUCGCGGACGUCGUCGUCGUCGACGGCGCGGACGCCGACGUCGUGGAGCUGCGCGCGGUCGAGCGCCGGGCGACGCGCGCGACGUCGCGCGCGGCGACGACGUUCGGCGCGCUCGAGGACGGACCGGUGGCGCGCGCGGACGCGGCGAUGACCGCCGCGAGGCGGGCGCACGCGCGCGCGGGCGUGCUGGAGUACGACGUCGAUCAUCGCGGCGUGCAGGUGCCGUCGAGCGCGCGGCGAUUUUCGAUGACGGCGAGUCACAGACGCGUGGGCGCGAGCAGCGUGUCGCUGGCGCUGUACCUGGACACGGUGCUGCAGUUCGGUUUGCUCGCGGUGGUGCUCGCGGGAAUCAACGCGUACUCGUUGACGACGAACGUGACGGAUAGGGCGUUCACGGCGUCGUACGCGGUGACGGGGUGGGACGCGACGGCGGGAGCCGACGCGACGACGACGUGCGCGAGGACGUACGAGACGGGCGGCUUUGUGCUGAGCACGAGUCAAGGGUCGAGGUGUGGAGUCCCGACGUUGGCGAGUUUUUAUAACUGCCCGAUGCGAUGCGAUUACGAAGGAGCGAUCGGGACGUUUGACGCGACGAAUGCGUGCCAGACGCACUAUCCGUGCACGCUCGAGAAGGUGCUGACGACGACGCAGACCGCGGUGUGUUGCGUACCUCGGGUCGCCGCCACUGUGAAUAAAACGCCUAAGGAGUUUCAGGCGGUUUCAAUCGUCGUGACUGUGGUGUUUUUACUCUUUGACAUGUUUUACACUCGUAAUCGCGCGACGGCGGCGGCGAUCAUCAAGUCGAGUGUGGUGACCGCGAGCGACUACUCGGUGCUCGUCACCGGGCUCGGAAAAGGGAACGAGUGGACUCGACAGCAAAUCGCGGAUUUUUUCUCGCAUUACGGCGAGGUUGUUUCUGUUUGUCAUCUUACGAACACUCGACGACUCGUGACUAUGGAGAGAGAAAUCAAAAACGCCGUGCAGCGAAGAAACGAAAUUCAGGCGAUUCUCGAUGACAACGAAGGCGCGAACAUGGACGAGAAGAUCAAUAAAUCCAUCUUAUUGCGUCGACAAUUGUAUCGAAUGAUCGCACUCAAAGGUACGAAACCAACGCGAGAAGCGUUAGUAAAGUUGGAUGCAAAAAUUGCCGAACUCAAGGCGAAGGUCGUGGCGCUCGGGGAAAACGGCAACUCGCAUCUGGGGAGCGCCGUGGUGACGUUCAAUUACGAGCAGCACGCGAUCAACUGUUGCGAAGAUCACUGCGGCGAUUACGGAGAAUCGAUCAUCGAUCGAUGCACCGGCAAACAUUCACCAGACUUUAACGGACGUCGACUCAUCGUCACUCGCGCGCCCGAACCGAGCGAUAUCAACUGGCAGCACCUUCGUCGACGAGACAGUAACUGGGAGGUUGUGGCUACCGCCAUCGGGGCGAAGUUCGUGCUCGCGGGCGCUUUGUGCGUUGGAGGCGUUAUUCAGUACGUUUUCGAGGUCUUGCGUAGUAAUCAACUCGAAACCAUUACGAACGAGGUCGCUUUCCAAUCUACGGCUUCGACGACUUCGUCCAUCAGACUGCAACUCGUCGCAUCUUCCACGUCACUCGUAGUGGUUAUCAUUAACGGUUUGCUGGAUCGAUUGACGGUUUAUCUCGCGCAACUUGAGGUUUAUAAGACGAAAACGAUUGAGACAAACAUGCUGAUCGCGACGUUGACGUUUGUUAACUUGCUCAACUACGUCGUCGUUCCGAUCAUCACCAAUCGAUGCUCGUCGAAGGCAGAUGGUGUGUGUAACUGGUACGUUCCCGGUGGUUUCGUCGAAUAUGCGUUCUAUUUGCAAGUGUUCAACGUUCUCUUGUUACCUUUAAGGAACAUGAACAUCAAACACAUUAUCCAAGUGAAAAUACUCGCCCCAAUGUCGAAGACGUUGUCGAUGCAAGAGAGUCUUGUGCAACCUCCAGCUUUCCAGCUGGCGCGUUCGUACGCCGAGUUGCUCAAGAUUCUCGGUCUAUCGGCAAUUUACGCGCCGGCACUUCCCGUGAGUUACGCCGUAGGCGUCUUUGGGAUAUUCGUGCUGUACUGGAGCAAAAAGUACCAAGGUUUGUAUCUCACCACGGCGCCGCCGAAACUCCGCGAGGACUCCUUCGGCAUCACGAUUACUGCUCGAGUGAUCAACCUGCUGCAAAUCCUGUUUGGCUGUCUUGUGUUUUAUCGCUUUGAUGACGGAAUCUCUACCACACUCUGGGCGAACAUUGGUAUCUGGGCGGUCGCUCUCAUUCCCAUUCGAAGAAUCAGGCGAUUGUGUAUUGCGCAGACUCAGCUCGCGAAUUCCACAGAUGAUGUUUCUUUCGUUAAAAACGCGGGUCUACACGGCGGGUCGACGGACGAUAAAACAGACCACGAGAUGCCCGAAAUGCGAGUCACACAAUCGCCAGAAGUAACAGAGACUCGAUCACGACGAGUUCGCACAGCAUUCCUGUGUCGCAUGUACCAGUGCGAGAAGAGCGAGUUGAUGUCGAAAGGGCGUUUGGGUUUGUAUCAUCCCCCGAUUCCAACACACGCAAGUCCAGAACAGUUAGAGAGGCUUCUGAAGAACUACGAGCCGUUCGGCGCGCUCGUACCUGCUAACGCAAACUACUUGCCUGGACAGACACAAUCCACUGGUGGCGACAACACGGCGCCACCAUUCUCUGAGAAAACACGGGCAAAACUGGAUAUUCUCGCGUCGUUUCAGAGGCGAAAGAGCCAGCAGGAGCACCAUCUCUGA